AUGACGUCUUCAGAAUCCUUUCUUGUGCACCAAAAGGCCGUGCAAGAUCUUUUUGGCCCGUCGCCUGAGCUGACCUUGCUAUGUGAAAAUCCCGACUACCCCUUCGCUCACGAGGCUGGCGUGUUCAUCGAGAAGGACAAUAGUCUCAUAAUCACGAGCAACCAAUUCACCGACCUAAAAACCGGUGACCGCAAGAUCCAGAUAACCAGAGUUCACCUCCCUCACGAUGGCAGCUCAGGAGCGAGGUGCGAAGAAGUCAAUCCAGUCGGGGUACCAAUGGGAAAUGGUGGUGUCAACUAUCAAAACGGCACCUUGAUCUGCGCACAAGGGACAAAAAGCGAACCUGGCGGAAUUGUGUAUAUGGACUCAGAGCCGCCGUAUAAUACCCGCAGUAUAAUAAGCGCUUUCCAUGGCCGGGAGUUUAACUCGGUCAACGAUGUCGUUGUGCACUCGGACGGUUCGAUCUGGUUCACGGACCCAAUCUACGGAUUCGAGCAGGGCAUACGUCGCCCUCCUCAGCUACCUAGCCAGGUGUAUAGGUAUCACCCAGGUAGCGGGUCCAUAAGAGCGGUGGCGGAUGGGUUUGGUCGACCGAACGGGAUCUGCUUCAGCCCCGAUGAGAGGAUUGUCUAUGUCACUGAUACGGAUUUCAUCCAUGGCGAUGGGACCACGGACCUUACAAGAGCUUCAACAAUUUACGCUUUCGACGUCACCGUAUAUUCCGAUGAACCGUUCCUCACGAACCGACGGCUUUUCGCAAUGGCUGACAACGGUGUGCCGGAUGGGAUUAAGUGUGACGUUCAUGGAAACGUAUACAGCGGUUGCGGAGAUGGAGUCAAUAUCUGGUCGCCGGGGGGUGUCUUGCUCGGCAAAAUUCUUGUCGAUGGUGGUGCUGCCAAUUUCUGUUUUGGUAAAGACGGUGAAAUGUUCAUUCUGAAUGAGCACAGGCUGUGGAGGGCGAAGCUUGCAACAACAACGAAAGGCGCUUUGCUUAAUAUCUAG